CCCACAUCCGCCGCACAUCACUUCCUGGGCUUUAAAAGAAAAAAUAAAAUAAAUAAAUCAGCUAGGCAGGUCCGGUGCGGCCUGUGAGGUUCAGGGAGCACCCCGGGGCGCCGCUGCUGCCCGCGCCCGCACCAUGAAGGCUCAGCCCGCAGCAGCCGCCGUCCUCUGCCUGUGCCUGGUGCUGGCGGCCUCGGCAGCCUCCGCCGCGGGAGGGCUCGGAAAGGGUUUUGGAGAUCAUAUUCAUUGGAGAACACUAGAAGAUGGGAAGAAAGAGGCAGCAGCCAGUGGUUUGCCUCUUAUGGUUAUUAUCCACAAGUCUUGGUGUGGAGCUUGCAAAGCUUUAAAGCCGAAGUUUGCUGAAUCCAAGGAGAUCUCUGAACUUGCCCAUAAUUUUGUUAUGGUCAACCUUGAGGAUGAUGAAGAGCCAAAGGAUGAAGCCUUUAGCCCUGAUGGAGGUUACAUUCCCAGAAUCCUUUUCAUGGACCCCAGUGGAAAAGUCCACCCAGAAAUCAUAAAUGAGAAAGGAAACCCCAGCUACAAGUAUUUCUAUACCAAUGCUGAUCAAGUUGUCCAAGGGAUGAAGGAGGCCCAGGAGAAGCUAACAGGUGAUGCUUUCAAACAAAAACACCUGGGAGAUGAACUAUAAUGAAUACACUGAAUGAUGCUUUUCCAUCACUUCAAAACUCUAAAAGGAAAUGAUUAAACAGACCAAGAAUGUAGAUGCACCGGAGGGACAUAAUUCUCUUGUCAACAAUGUUAGGUUUAACCCUGUUUGGGGUUCACACACAUGCAUCAAUUACAGUGUUAUCUCCUCCUCUGCCUGGCAGUUUGUGCUGUGAUGGUUAUUUGCAACUAGGUAAUGUGCAAACACCACUAAUAUUUGGUGUUAAAAGGGAGGUGUGUAGGGCAAAACAUUAUUUGAGGACAAACAGUGUGAUUGGAAUAACUAGGAGUAGCCAACAUUUUGACGCUUAAUCAGGGUUGGGUCCCUCUUUUCUCACUGGUAUUAUGUGAUCCCAUCAUUUUUACUGGGGAUUCCUAUGAGUGGGGCAUGUUCCUGGGCCAGGUGUUUUCUAGACAUCCCAAACCGUGAACUCUGACACUAAGCCAAGUAUUAUGGAAUAAAUUUAAUGAAUGUUCAAAUAGCAUGUGAAAUUAUUAGCUCUGCAAACAUAUUUUUGUGUAAAACUGCGUGUGAUUCAUCUUUAUUUGCCUUUGGGCAGAAAUUUAACUUUUUCCUUGUGCACUCACCUUUUGAUUGUUUUACCAAGUGAGGGUGGGUUAUUUUGAAGCUUUAUGGGGGUUCCCCUUUUAUUCUUUGAAUGUUUUCUGGCGAAUGCCUUGCCAUCACAUUGUACUGUAUUUUUGUACCAGGGUGAAAAUUAAACCUUUUUAAACAUAAGAA